AUGGGCAAUGCAGAAUCUUCACAAACUAAAAUUGACAAUAAAAUAAUUCAACAAAAAAAAUCAAAAGCAAAAAGUGUUACUAUAGGAAAAUGUGAGACAACAAAAAUUUCAAAUGAUCGUAAGAGAUCUAGCUCAUUCAAUGAAGUUGAUAUCGAAGCUAGUAAAAAUAAAAUGAUACAAAAACAAAACUUAUGUUUACAUAGAAAUUCAGUUUCAUUUAACUCUCAUAUUGAAAAAUUACCUAUAACAAGAGUUAGUAGAAGAGCUAAAUCAUUUAGAGUAGGACAAGGUAAUACAGGAAGUUUUACUUUACGAAAUCAUUUUGGGCCAGCUGCUGAAUUAACAACAAUACAAAAAAAAAUUAUUCAUGUGACAUUGUCAAAUGUUGAUGUUUCAAAUUUAUAUUUAUUUGGACAUUUAGUUUUUUCAACAAUUUUUUCUAGAGAUAAAAAAUUAUUACAAGUUAUAGGAUUAGAAAAUUUUCAAAAUUCUAAUAACAAUGUAUGGGAACAGCAUAUUAAUUUUAAGUUACAUAUUCAGCAUUUCUGUGAAACAUUAUUAGAAUGUGUUGAACAUAUAUAUGAUAAUUCAUCAGUUCUCGAUCGUUUAAGAGAAUUUGGUGCUUCUUAUGCAUUAAAUCAAAAUGCAUUUAAAGGGAUACCAAUGAAUUUUUGGGAUAGAUUACAAGCUGCCAUAUUUAAUGCUGCAAGAGAAUUAAAAUAUUUUGACGGGCGUAUGAUGGAAGUAUCAUUAUUAAGUGACAAUGAUCAGAUUACAAAUGAAAUAAUAAAAGACAAAAGUAUUUCACCAAAUAUCUCAAUAUCUUCUGCUACCUCAAAUUUUAAUUAUAAAACAAUUGAAAUAAAUAGUGAUACAACAUCCACACAUUCAUCUUCUGACAUUCCACCACUAUCACCAUACCAAAAAACGACAAAAAAUUUAUAUUCACAAUGUGGUAGCAUAUUAUCAAAUAAUAGAUUAAGUUUUAAAAAAAAAACAAAAAUGUCUUCUUCUUUACUAUUAAAUAAUUCAUCAGGACCAUCAUUAAAUAUUACAGAUAGAUUUUCACCAGAAAAAAAUUUUAAUGGAAAUGAUUCAAUAAAAAAAUACUUUAAAUAUUCUCCAUUAUCAAGUUCUAUUUGUCCUCUUAAAGCACAAGCAUGGGGAUGUUUUUCAUUAUUUCUCGCUGAACAAAUUAGAUUUGGUUAUGAGUUAGAAGUAAUUUUACAAGAUGAAAUGAAACGUCUAGGUUUAAAAGAUGUUGUGAUUGAAGAUUCUAUUAUGAACCGAAACUCACAUUCACCAAAACAAAAAACACCGUUUUAUACAGUUUCUUGUUAA